CAGAUAGCAAUCCCAUUCUCUCGCCCUAGACUGGAUUUUUCCCUACGUCAGCGGUGGCGAGCUCCAUGUCGGGAGCGAGCUCGGAUAAGAGCGGAGUUGCGUCAGUGGCGAGCGCGUGUUCGUCCUCGGGCGCGCGCAUCCCUGCUAGCUCUGGGGCCCCGGCAGGGUUGGGAAAUGAUGGAGCAGGCGGACGCAGGAGCGAUCGAAUGUUGAGUAGAACCUGCGGAAUCGGCCGAGAUGGGAUCCCGCGCGGGCUCGCCCUUUGGGACCCUCCGCUUCCAGUGGUUGCUGUUGUUUGGCUUGGUAGGCCCAGUCUUUGGUGGGGCUCGGCCAGGCUUUCAACAGACCUCACAUCUCUCUUCUUAUGAAAUUAUAACUCCUUGGAGAUUAACUAGAGAACGAAGAGAAGCCCGUAGGCCCUAUUCAAAACAGGUAUCUUAUGUCAUUCACGCUGAAGGAAAAGAACAUAUUAUUCACCUGGAAAGGAAUAAAGACCUUUUGCCCAAAGAUUUUGUAGUUUAUACCUACAACAAGGAAGGGGCCCUGAUCUCUGACUACCCCGAGAUACAGGAUCACUGUCACUAUCGGGGCUACGUGGAGGGAGCUGAUCACUCAUCCGUUGCUCUUACUGGCUGCUUGGGACUCAGAGGAUUGCUGCAUAUAGAGAAUGUGAGCUAUGGGAUCGAACCCCUGCAAAACAGCUCUCAUUUCGAGCACAUCUUUUAUCGAAUGGAUGAUGUCCACAAAGAGCCUCUGACAUGUGGGGUUCCCAACAAGGACACAGAGAAAGAAACCACCCCGGAUGAAGAGGAAGAGCCUCCUAGCAUCACUCAGCUGCUUCGAAGGAGAAGAGCUGUGCUGCCGCAGACCCGCUACGUGGAGCUGUUCAUUGUCGUAGACAAGGAAAGGUAUGACAUGAUGGGAAGAAAUCAGACUGCAGUGAGAGAAGAGAUGAUUCGUUUAGCAAACUAUUUGGAUAGUAUGUACAUUAUGUUAAACAUUCGGAUUGUGCUAGUUGGACUGGAGAUUUGGACGAAUGGAAACCUGAUCAGCAUAAUGGGAGGGGCCGGUGAUGUGCUGGGGAACUUCGUGCAGUGGCGGGAAAAGUUCCUCAUAACACGUCGGAGACACGACAGUGCGCAGCUGGUUCUGAAGAAAGGCUUCGGUGGGACUGCGGGAAUGGCCUUCGUGGGAACAGUGUGUUCCAGGAGCCACGCAGGCGGGAUUAACGUGUUUGGGCAAAUCACAGUAGAGACAUUUGCAUCCAUUGUUGCUCACGAGUUGGGUCAUAACCUCGGAAUGAACCAUGAUGAUGGGAGAGAUUGUGUUUGUGGAGCUCAGAACUGCAUCAUGAAUUCAGGAGCAUCAGGUUCCAGGAACUUCAGCAGUUGCAGUGCAGAGGACUUUGAGAAGUUAACUUUAAAUAAAGGAGGAAACUGCCUCCUUAACAUUCCAAAGCCUGAUGAAGCCUAUAGUGCUCCCUUCUGUGGAAAUAAACUGGUGGACUCCGGGGAAGAGUGUGACUGUGGUACUCCAAAGGAAUGUGAAUUGGACCCUUGUUGUGAAGGAACUACUUGUAAGCUCAAAUCAUCUGCUGACUGUGCGUAUGGCGACUGUUGCAAAGACUGUCGGUUUCUUCCUGGAGGUACUUUAUGUCGAGGAAGAUCCAAUGAAUGUGAUGUUCCAGAAUAUUGCAAUGGGUCUUCUCAGUUCUGCCAGCCAGAUGUUUUCAUUCAGAAUGGAUAUCCUUGCCAGAAUAACAAAGCCUAUUGUUACAACGGCAUGUGCCAGUAUUACGAUGCUCAGUGUCAAGUCAUCUUUGGCUCAAAAGCCAAGGCUGCGCCCAAAGAUUGCUUCAUUGAUGUGAAUUCUAAAGGUGACAGAUUUGGAAAUUGUGGCUUCUCUGGCAAUGAAUACAAGAAGUGCGCCACUGGGAAUGCUUUGUGUGGGAAGCUUCAGUGUGAGAAUGUACAAGAGAUGCCUGUGUUUGGAAUUGUGCCUGCUAUUAUUCAGACUCCCAGCGGAGGCACCAAAUGCUGGGGCGUGGAUUUUCAGCUAGGAUCAGAUGUUCCAGAUCCUGGGAUGGUGAAUGAAGGCACAAAAUGCGACACUGGAAAGAUCUGUAGGAACUUCCAGUGUGUGAAUGCUUCUGUUCUGAACUAUGACUGUGAUAUUCAGAGGAAGUGUCACGGACAUGGGGUGUGUAAUAGCAAUAAGAAUUGUCACUGUGAAAAUGGCUGGGCUCCCCCGACCUGUGAGACGGAAGGAUAUGGAGGAAGUGUGGACAGUGGACCUACGUACAAUGCCAAUACUGCAUUGAGGGACGGACUUCUAGUAUUCUUCUUCUUAGUUGUUCCUCUUCUCGUAUUUGCUGCCUUCCUCUUCAUCAAGAGAAGUCAACUACGGCAGCGCUGCUUCAGAAAGAAGAGGUCACAAACAUAUGAGUCAGAUAGCAAAAAUCAAGGAAAGGUUUCUAGACAUCCAGCGAAUGCCCCUCGGCAUGUUUCUCCAGUGACUCCUCCCAGAGAAGCUCCUAUAUAUGCAAACAGAUACCCUGUACCAACGUAUGCAGCCAAGCAACCUCAGCAGUUCCCGUCAAGGCCCCCUCCACCGCAACCGAAAGUACCAUCUCAGGGAAAUUUAAUUCCUGCUCGCCCUGCUCCUGCACCCCCUUUAUAUAAUUCCCUCACUUGAUUGUUUUCCCUUUCCUCCUGCAGAUGUCUUCAGGGAACUGAGAUAAUACUUUUUUUUUCUUGGUAUUUUCUUGAAAAUCCUUUCUUCCUGCUGCAACUAUGAAUGAAAGCAAAACACCGCAAAACAAACUUUUACUGACACAGAAAAGCAGAAAAUGGAUGGUGGGAAUUGAGAAAUAUGAGAAAUUCAACGAAAUCAGGGAAUUUAGAAUAACAUUUUCAUUUCCAUCACUGAAUAAGUCUUAUUCAGUCAUCUGUGAAGUUAAUGCACCUAACAUGAAUUGUUAUUUUGAACAUGUUACUGUAAUGAUUCUCAAAUUAACUGUAUUGGUUUAAGAUUUGUUACUGUGUGCUUAAAUGUAACUAUGAAUUUUGACCUUAGUUAUCAUUAAUGUAGUUUCAGGUUGAACAUGUGAUAAUCUAAUACCUGUGAAAACUGACUUAACUGCCAAUAAUAUCUAAUAUUUUUCAUCUUGCACAGACUAAUCAUUAUCAUGCGCUAGAAUCUUGAAUAGACAUUUGUUCUGUCUUCAGAAGAAUGCACAAAACCCACAUUUAAGAUGUUAUAAUAUUACUUUUUAAGUACAAAAUACACUAAAAGUGUAUGUGUGUAUUCACACACAAUUAUUAUCUUUUAUUUUUAUGAUGUUCUAUGGAUAAAUGAUUCUAUGGAUUAAUGAUUCUACAGAUUCUAUGGAUAAUAGAUUCUAUGGAUCUAUCUGUGGAUAAUGAAUAUUAGAAAGGUUAAUUUAAUAAUAGAAUUCUAUUGUGAAUCAUGUUAAAACAUGACAUCCUUUUACAAUAGCAUUAUUUUAAUAAAGUAUAAACUUUAAGGUACGAUAUAUUUAAUAGAACUAAUCAGAUAUGCUGUUAAUUCAUGGCUGUACUAAAGCAGGAGCGAUUAUAUCUUCAGUCAGUGGAGCUGUUACAAAAACCACUUGAGAAUUUCAUGAGCACUUUAAGUUUAAAAUCCGAAACUUCAUAGCUUGCUAUUAAUAUAAUUUAGAAUGUUUACAUUGACUAAGGUGUGCUGGAACAUGUCGUCUAUUGACACUUUUUCAAAGAAAUUAGGUUGGAGAGAGAAAGGAUGAAAAGAUUUUCUUAGAUAAGUGCAAAAAAAUUACGUGGUGUCUCUGAGGUAUCAUCCCAACUGUGUUAAAAAAGAAUUUUACUAUGGAAGCAAUGGUAUCGAUAGUAAAAUUUUAAGUACUUAAAAAUUUUACAUAAUCUUUCAUAAUAAAGUUUAAUAAUAGGUUUAUUAACUGAAUUUCAUUAGUUUUUUUUCAAAAUUUUGGUUUGUGUAUAUAUACAUAUGCAAAUAUAACAUUUACAAUAAAUAAAAUACUUGAAAUUCUGUUUUGUGUUGUCUAGUACUCCCUACUUAGUUAUUUAUAACAUUAUGAAUUAAAACAUUAUGCUCUGGCUGGUGUGGCUCAGUGGAUUGAGUGCUCCCCUGUGAACCAAAGGGUCGCUGGUUUGAUUCCCAGUCAGGGCACGUGCCUGGGUUGUGGGCCAGGUCCCAGUUGGUGGCAGGAGAGAGGCAACCACAUGACGUUUCUCUCCCUCAUUUUCUCACUCUCCCUCUCUAAAAGUAAAUAAAAUCUUACAAAGAACAUUAUACUGGACAAAACUACUAUACUACUCAAACUUUUACAGAUAUUUCACUAAUUUUUUAACAUAUGUCAAACGGUACAC